AUGUCAGAGUACACUACUCUUUUCCAAUCAAGGUCAAAGGAUUGCAUUACAACCAAAUUUAACUCUUCUAAAAGUAUUCUCUCAUCCUUUGAGAAUGUAUUUCAUCAACAUGAAGUAUUGAGAAUUGAUUCCAAAUUCACUCAUUCAUGCACAUGCACUCAAACAUUUACUGAUGAACAACAGCAGAAUAGUCUGAGAUUAAUGACCAAAUCAUCCUCUCGACUCGAUCAACAACACUUUCCCAGUGAUCGUCUCCUCAACCUUGAUGAACAAAAUUUCUUCAAGUUCCAAUUUCAUCAACAACUCUAUUCCAUACCAAUGAAGGAUCACACAGCAAAAUCUCAAACAGACAACAAGAUGAUCACACACUUUUCUGAAAGUGAUGGAGUCGUGUAUAGUCUCUUGUUUUGUAAGAAUUGUUCGUUUGUGAGUGGAGUUAAAAUUAUUGCUACUGAUCAAGUCCAUCAGAAUGAAAUGAAUUCUGUCAUUCUGUUCUUACCAAUUCUGAGUUCUUAUGACAAUAUGAAGAAACGUUCACACCCAACCAUCCCCAGAACACAACCCUCACCACUACCAUCACCACCACAAACAACUCUUCACAAAGCACCGCCUGAUGUGGUGGUGGUAAGUUCUGACGAUGAAGAACAAGAAACCCAAGUUCUAUAA